AUGUCUGAGCCCAGUAGCGCAUCAAUCCGGUCGGCUUCUUUUGUCACAGCCCGAUCGCAUAUCAGCGUCUCCAACUCUCAUUCCUCCCAAUGGCCGACAACUCAGCUAAAGCCUCGCGCAUUAGCCGCAGCUGAAGAGAUAGGGAAUCAAGAUCAUGCUCUGAAAUCCUCUCAGCCUAGUUUCGGCUCUGCGACGCAGAUUGAGCCACGCGUUAUUGCCUAUGAAGCGGCGUUGGCUGUCGAAGAAGCACGCGAGGCUGCGAGAUUAGCUGCGAUAUUGGCAAAGGCUCCAACCACCGAAGAGAUCGCUGCACUAUUUACUGACGCUUUGCCCGAUGUGCAAGAUGCUCGAAUGAUUAUAGCCUCAACCCACUUUCCUGAUGACACAAGCCAAAACUCAUCCAUCAUACCCCUCCCAUACAAAGCCACGAGGAGGGUGACAUUCGCUGUCAUCCAGCAAGCUCAGGAUGUGGACUUGUUUCUACACCUAUCAUUGAAAGAUGCCAAUACGGAAUUUGACACUCCCAUAUCAUGCCAGAUUAUCUACGACCCUGGGAGGGAUCACUGUCUUCUGGUAAACCUUACAGGACCACAGUUACACUUGACAGAAUUCAAUUCAUCUCCGGUUCUCCGAGCAUCUCCGCCUCUCCGAGCAUGUAUUAGAGAGAACACAAGCCGCUUAAUCCAGCCCGGCAAGUGGAGAAUAUCUAUAGACGACGACAGUGAAGAAUGUGGAGAGUAUCAUGUUGCUGAGUUUUGGCUUCGCGGAAGACAAUUUGACGUCACAAUUCAGACAGCACCACGACCAAAGCGAGGCAUUGACGAUGGCGCUGAAGAGAAUGUUAACAAGCGACGAAAGCGACACAAUGACCUCACAGGAACUACCUGCAUCCAACCUCUAAACAAAACAGCUAUGGAGCCAAAGCCUGCCGCCAUUGCCACAAAAAGGGCCAAGGGUCACGAUCCAUCUCCAUCAUCAUCUGUGCAAAAGAUUUCCGUCAAAGCCGCUGUUCCACUUCUAGAACUCGAAGAUGGAGAUGAAGCUUUCAUAUGGGCUCUGGGAGGUAGUACUGACAUAUCUCAAUCGGUGUCUGGAGCAAAAGGACCAGCAAGUUACGAACUACGGCGGGUUGAGCUAAAAGGAGCUACACGAUCUGCGAAUGUUUUUACUUGCGAACACUCCGCUGUGUCUGGGCCUGUAGUCGCCAAAGUCCUCCAAUACAAUAGAGAUGCACCUAAUAAAGUCAGAACUUCUUUGCACUUAUGGAAGACAGAAAAAGCCACGCUUGAGAAGCUAAAACAUAGGAACGUUGUAGCGCUCAAGGCGUUUGAUGGCCGCAUGCUUUCAAUGUACCUAGAGCUUCUCCCAGAAUCUCUUGAUCGGAUAAAAUUGGUCGAAUUUUCACAAUCGGAUAUUUUUAGAAUAUUGCUUGAUAUUUCAUCCGCUUUGGUGUACUUGAAGACGAUGCCCAUCAUCCAUAACGACAUCAAGCCAAGCAAUAUUACCUACUCUUCUCAACGUGGCGCCGUUCUUAUCGAUUUUGGACUGGCUACAAUACACAGUGAAAUUAACGCGGGAGGGACACCUUGGUACCUCCCUCCAGACCUCCUUGAUGACACUGCGCGUGGAUCACCUGGAGACAUAUGGGCAUUAGGCGUUACAAUGCUCUACUUGCUUGGCAAGAUCGAGUAUCCGGAGGCAAGCGGGGACGAUUGGGACAUACACGAACUAGACCGCAAAGAAAAUAAGAAACAUAAGAAUAAGAUGAUAGAAUGGCUAGGGCACAUUUUUUCUGCCAGAGCCCGGUUAACUCCAGUAUACGUGGGGACUGGAACAAGCAAGCUCGAAUCUAUAGUGUUUAAUAUGCUUGAGCGCGACAGCGAACUGCGAUUCGAGGCGGAGGAUAUUGUUUCUGCCCUCGAUAAAUCGAUGUCUCGAUUGCUUCUGGCGGCUUGA